CUGAAAUAUAAGAAAAUAACCAACUCCAAUCCUCACAACUCUUGCAUGGCGUCAACAAAAUUUUCUCUCUUCCCCUGGACAGGUAUAAUGUCCAAACCUCCUCUUCCUAAAGACAGGAUUAACACAGUAGUCACCUUCAUCUCAUCCCAACAGCAAACAGAACAAAGCACGGAAGAAGUUAAAGAGGAAGUAAAGUCGCCGGAGCCUCCCUUGCUUCCACCACAGGAAGGAGGAGUGAAGGAGAGAUUAAGGCCUGUGGAGGUGCAGAGGAACGUGAAGAGCAAGAAUCUGAGCAAAGAAUUCGGUGGGCAGUGGCUGAGCAGUGUGACACGUCAUGUCAGGAUCUUUGCAGCCUACAUAGAUCCUGAAACUUUAGAAAUGGACCAAUCCCAGAUGGAUAAACUCACCAUGAUUCUUGAUCCUGGCUGUGAAUUUGAAUGGACGCCUGAAACAUGUGACAUGGUCUUUGCUUACUUCCAAGAUCUCGUUGACCAUUAUGAGGGUGCUCCAUUGACUGAAUACACAUUACGUUUGAUCGGUUCGGAUGUAGAGCAUUACAUAAGGAAGAUGUUGUAUGAUGGGUUGAUCAAGUAUAACAUGAACUGUAGGGUACUCAACUUCAGCAUGGGAAAACCAAGAGUAGGGUUCUGUUACACAGAUGAACAGUUUCAAGAUGUAAAUCAAUAACUACAAUCAGGGUUUCUAAUCCAUACCUGUAUCAUGUUCUAGUACAAGAAAUUAAAAAAAAAAAAAAAAUUGUUUCAUAGUCUAA